AUGGUCAAGGCUCUUUCCUUUGUUAUUCUCGGUCUCGUCGCAAUCGUCGGAUCCGCCGCUCCUUCGCGCUCGACACGCCACUACGAAAACGUCCUUGGCCACCCCAACAUCCGCGGCGAUGGUAACCGUGUCCACCGUCGUCCCUCUGGUCCUGCUGGCAGUGAUAACAAGGAGACUCUCGCAAUCGUCUACUUGCCUCACAACAAGCGUCGCACUAGGCCCGAUCUGGAUGCAAUCAUGCAGGCGCUCAUUGACAAGAAGUUGACCUUUGACUAUGACGCCAAGGCUUACCACGCCAAUCUCGUUGAGUCGAUCUGCAACGACCCUUCAUCGUAUUAUCAAAUCACUGACUGCAAGAUCACCAUUCUCUCCGAGCCCAAAAUCCAAGUCAUCCCAACCCAACGACUUUCUGAUGACAUUGUCUGCAAGAUUUCCUCUUGCAAGGUCGCGUACGACGACGUAGUCAGCGUCUGGACCACCCACAGCGACGAGACCACUCUUCCUAUCAGAGCCGGUGGCGAGCCCUUCCAAGUCUCAGUCGAUCUCCAUAGAUCACUAGGAUAUGGCUUCAGCAACCUCGUCCAAGCCCUGGCCCCGAUCUACUAUCAACUCGAUCUUGUUGAAGGCGACGAGGGCUACAUCGCCAUGGUCAGUGCCGAGAUUAGCGCCAAGAUCCGUGUCACCGGAUGCAAGCGCUACCGUGAUGAUGUCCGACGCGGUUCAUCCAACUCUGGGUGCUCCACAUUCAUCGAUCAGACCGGCCACAACGAGGUAGUGAUCACUCAGAAUGGUUACGAUCCCAAGGCUAUUAUUGCCUUCAUCUCUGCUUGA